AUGUUACGUACAUUUUUCUUCAUCGUAUUUCUUGUGUCGGCAUCCAGUACUUUACCUUUAAAUGAUUUCUUUGCAUUUGGAUCUGAAAAAGGUGAUUCAACAAUGCUUCGAAACAACACAAGUGUGGGUCCUUUACAUCUACCAUAUGUAUUUCCUUGUUUUGACAAUAAUUAUCAACAAAUUUGGAUAAAUAGCAAUGGUUUAUUUUCUUUUCAACGAUCAAUCAAUUAUUAUUCACAAAGACCACUUACAUCAUUGAAUGAUAGUUGUCUUGUGGCUGGAUUUUGGCAUGAUUAUAUUUGGAAUCAAGACAACAAUACUGAAAGUGAAAUUUACUAUCAAAUUCAUAGUAACACAUCGAUAUCAAAUUCUACAGUGACAGUAUUUAAUAAAGCAAGUGAUUAUGUUCGAAAGUUCUUUCCUCAACAACGUUUAUUCAAACCAAAAAUGGUUAUUACAAGUACUUGGUAUUACAUUGGUAUUAGUACUAAUAAUACAUUAAAUAAUACCUUUCAAAUUGUAUUAUGUACAGAUGAAGAUCGUAGUUUUGUCUUUUUUCUUUAUCAUGAUCUUCAAUGGGCUAAUCCUUACAACGGAACGUAUUCCUAUGCUGAAGCAGGAAUUCAUAAUGGUGAUCAAAAUAAAACUCAAAUGCUUCCCUAUUCUGGCACAAAAAAUAUCAUAGAAUUAGUCAAUAAGAGUAAUGUCAAUGUACCUGGUUUAUUUACUUUUCGUAUCGAUGCAGAUGAGAUCAAUGUAGGUGGUUGUAAUGAGAGUAAAACAAGAAUUUCAUUUCGUCCUCGAAUUAGUUCACAAUUUGGUUCUACACCUCUGAAUAUUUAUGGUCCAUGUUUUACUAAUCAAACAAAAGUUAAAUGUCGAUUUGGCACUUCAUCACAAAUUAUCGAUGGUUUUAUUAUUGAUGAAUUUCGAGCAAGUUGUCUUACACCAUUUGCAUCUGUUCACGGACCAGUAUCAGUGAAUAUAUCGAUUGAUAAUGGACUAACAUUCAUUUCAGCUGGUAUUUUUACAUAUGCUCCAUUACAAUUCGGUUCCGAUGAAGUUAUUAUUGAAAUGAAAGGUGGUACCAAUUUACUUAGUGAUAGACAAUAUCUUAAUUUAACAUGGUAUUUUUCCGAAAUACUGAAAAGUACAUUUCCUAUUGGUACAAAAAUUGAUAUUGAAUUAUGGACAGUACGUCUCAAUUCUCAAUCACAAUUGCAAAAGAAUAAUAGAUCUAUAAUACUUGUACGAAAUUUAAAUCUUACUAAUUCGGCACAUAUUCAACUACCUUCAAAUAUUUCGACAUGUUUUAUUCGAGUAGUUGCACAUUUUAAUAGUCAAAUAUACACUGGAUUAAAUACAGGCAUACUAAUUGUUAAAAGUGAUCCAUCAUUGGCUGUCAAAUUAUGUCAAAAGUGGGCCGCACAACAACUGGAACCAUCAAUAUGGAAUGGUGGUGUUCUUCUUCAAUGUCCAAUGACACGUUGGCAAGCAAUAGCAGCUGGUCGUUGUUGUUAUGAUCUCGAUCGACAAUGUUUUAAUGGUAGUUCAAAUCCAAAUAAUUGUUGGCUUCAUCAUGCUCGUCCUGGACAUAAUGAACCAUCGGCUAUUGAAUGUUAUAUUUCAAAAUAUUCAAAUAAUUAUCGUGCUGGAGCAGAAUGUUGUUAUGAUAAUAAUCAAAUGUUAAUUACACGUGGUACAGGUGCAGGAACUGAUGAUCGAUAUCAACAUACAAUAUCGCCUAUUGAACAUUUUUUUUACGAUACUUUACCCUACUUACAAUGUUGUAUCAUGACUACAAAUGAUGAAGCAUGUAAUAAAUAUAUGUAUUAUCGACCACCACGAAAAGGUAGUAAUACAAUGGGUGAUACUGGUCGUAUGUGGGGAGAUCCACAUUUUGGAACGCUUGAUGGAACUUCAUAUACUUUCAAUGGCUAUGGAGAAUACAUUUAUUUAGCAAUUAGUAAUAAUAUUUCAUCAUCAGCUAUUUUCAAUGCUAGUAAUCAAUCUUAUAUAUUUAUGUCACAAAUUCGAACUAUUCCAAUACCAUCAAUAAAUGCUACUGUUACAAAAAGUUUUGCUGCUCGAACAAAUAAUAACAAAAGUGAAACAGUAAAAGUAACUAUUUCACGUCGUCAAAAUCUUGUUUUAUAUCGUGGAAAUGAACCUAUUGAAUUCGAUGAUAAUAUUUAUAUACUCUCCUUUCCUGAAAUGACUAUUAAUCGACUUGAUGGUAAUAAUAAUAGACAUUUCUCUCUUUCAUGGGCUAUUGGUGUAACUAUUGAAAUAAAUGUAAUUGAAAUGAUAUCACCAUCAAAACAAUUGAUACUUGAUAUAGCUGCUUCCGUAGCUGGAAAUUUUCGUGGAAAAACAUACGGACUAUUAGGUACUUAUGACGGAAAUGUAACUAAUGAUUUACGAAGUAAAAAUGGAAGUAUCAUAAGAAGUAAUGCUUCAUUAGAACAAAUUCAUAAAGAUUUUGGUGUUACUUGGGCUAUUGAUCCUUUAUCUUCAUUGUUGUACUAUGAAUCAGAUCAAACUCCUCAGUUCUUUCACCAAAAAAAUCGUGAAUUUAUUCCAUCAUUUAUUGAUCCGACAACAAUAAAUAAUGUUACAAUGCGUAAUAGUUGUAAUAUAAAUGCCACAUCUUUAUCUUCAUCAUGGAAUCUAGCUCAACGAACAUGUUAUUAUGAUUUAUACAUGACUAAUGAUAUUAAUUUAGCUAAAGCAUCAUUAUUGGCUGGUAAUGAACUUUUAUCAAUUCGAAACAAUCAAAGAAAUCCACCUUCAUUCAAAUCAUCACUUCCGCUCAACAUGAAUUUAAUACAUGGUAAUAAAGUAUAUUUAAAUAUAUCUGCAACAAGUGAAUAUACAUCGAAUGUUGUUCAAUUGUUUGAAUUGCAUCGUCCUGCAAAUGCUACAUUUAAUCAGUAUACAGGUAUAUUUCAAUGGACAGCUAUUAAAGGUGAAGAAUAUUUGAGCAUUGAAGCUCGUGAUAUAACAUAUAAUUUAAGAUCACGACAUGAUAUCACUUUUUAUGUCAAAGCAAAUGACGUAACCACUACUACUACUGCUCGUACUACUACUGCUCGUACUACUACUACUGCUCGUACUACUACUAGUAGUGGCAGUAAUAAUCUAGUAAAGAAAACUAAUGUUAUCAUUACCAUUCUUGGCCUAACUGUUCUUUUUAGUCGAUAA